AUGAUUAAUGAAAGAAGUUUAAACGAUUUUAUAGAAAGGUACUAAAAGUUAAAAGAUCUAAAAGGAGAAGAGGAAGCAGAUGAUAUUUUUGAAAACAAAAUAGAAAACUUGAAAAGAUAUUUGCUAGAAUCAUAAGAUCUUUUAUAAUAAACCGUCAACACUGUAGAAGGCAAUACUUAAGCAGCCAGCUUAUCUAAUUCUACAAGUGAUGAAAUAGUUAACUAUGCAUUAAGAAACGAAAGCCACUACUAUUGUCCUCAUGUUGAGGAAGUUUUAAGUUCUUAUCUAUUUAAAAUAAAUUCUCGCACAUAUUAGAAAGCAUAGGAGCCAAAAGUUUAAUCAGGAGGUUUGCCAUAUGCAAAUUAAGAUAAAGUCAUAGAAAUAGAAAUGUACAAACAAGUGAACAAAGAUUUAAAAAUUUAACCCUGUGGAGAUGAAGGUAUUUAUGCUACUAUUGACAAAUAAAUGCCAAAUAUAUGUAUUCAUGAAAAAAGAGAAAUGUUUUCUGAAAAUUUUUCAAACAGAGUAGGAACAAAGUAAGAAGUUAGAUUCUUAGCUUUUAAACCAGGUAUGCUAGAAAGCGAGCUUGGUGUUGCAUAUUUAGAUUUGACAAAUACUGGAAAUAUUAAUAAAGCUGGUGAGCAAAGUGGUAUGGUUGUAGAAUCUCUGUCUGUUUAACAUAAUAUAGUAGCUUCAAGUUCAGUAGAUUGGGGAUAUUAGUGA